AGUUUACAUCCGGUUAGCAUGUUUCGUAAAGUUGUGAAAUUUCGAGUUGUUUAUCAACAUUUUCUAGCCUAAAGAAGUACUCGACGAGCAGAACGUGUUCAUAUAUUGCGUCUCCUUCAUCGAGGGCUUAGAAUAUUGAACAACAAAAUAGUAGUGCAGUCAGUGAUUGGGAUCAGGAAAAUGGAGGUUUCCACAAAUCUACCAGUUGAAGGACAGUUUGAUGAUGCUGAUGAUGAAUCUGAGUGUCAAAUAUCACAAAAUGUAUCUAAAACAAUAGGCAAAUUAUAUGAAUUACAAGUGAAAGAACAAAAAGUAGUUGAGGAAAAACAGGACCCUUGCAUAGAGGAUGAACGAGGAUGGAGCAGUGAGGAAAUUGAGGAAGACAUCCUCGAUGACUGGGAGGAAAAUACUAGGGAUUUCACCAAAAGAUACAAUGCAACUGUUGGCAACUCAGCACAGCCGAAUCAGCAGACAAAAACACCUCAGUUUCAGCCAAGUGAGAAGUCACUGAAAAAGUUUGCCAAUAAAAUCAGUGUUGAUCGUUAUGAAGGUCCAAAGUUGAAGGGAAGUGCUGUAAGUUCCCUGCUACAAAGUGAUAAACAGAGCAACUCUGAGAGGUUCAGGGGGAAAGAUAAGGCUGACAGGGCAACAGUUGAGCAGGUGAUGGAUCCACGUACCAGGAUGAUCCUCUUCAAAAUGCUCAAUAGAGGUCUCAUAACGCAGGUGAAUGGCUGCAUCAGCACUGGCAAAGAGGCUAACGUGUACCAUGCAACUGCUAAAGAUGGCAUUGAUAAAGCAAUUAAGGUGUACAAGACGUCCAUCAUGGUGUUCAAGGACAGAGAUAAGUACGUGACUGGAGAGUUCAGGUUCAGACAUGGUUACUGUAAACACAACCCAAGGAAGAUGGUUCGCACUUGGGCUGAGAAAGAGAUGAGGAAUCUAACAAGAAUCUACCAAGCAGGUAUCCCCUGUCCAGAGCCAGUUAUGCUACGCAGUCAUGUCCUUGUGAUGGACUUCCUGGGCAACAAGGGCUGGCCUGCUCCUAAGUUAAAAGAUGCAGAACUCAGUGAUUCUAAAGCCAGAGAACUAUAUCUGCAGUGUAUUCACAUGGUGCGGAAUCUUUUCCAUGUCAGUAAACUAGUCCAUGCAGAUCUUAGUGAGUUCAACAUGCUAUACCAUGAAGGCCAGGCUUACAUCAUAGAUGUGUCCCAGUCUGUGGAACAUGACCACCCACAUGCUCUGGAGUUCUUACGUAAAGACUGUACUAAUAUAACAGAUUUCUUCCGCAAGAAGGGUGUGUGUACAAUGACUAUGAAAGAAAUGUUUGAUUUUGUUACUGAUACAACAGUAACUGGGGAGAACAUAGAUGCGUAUCUAGAGAAGAUGAUGGAAGUGUCUGCAAAUAGAUCUACAGAUGAUGUCACUUCACUGGAAGCUGUAGAUGAAGAGGUGUUUAAGAAAGUAUUUAUCCCUCGCACGCUGGAUGAGGUGGUUCACUUUGAGAAAGAUGUCAUGAAGAUGCAGCAAGGAGAUGGAGAAGAG